GCUAUAUCCGACGGCCCCGGAGAGCGAAAUCUAAAGGAGGCGUCUUUCUUCCCGCCGGCAUCUCAGUUAACCAGUUCUAACCUACAGGUGGAAGACCCAUCCUUGUAUUGGCUCACCUCUUUUAGCCACUCUGAUACUUCUCUCUCAGCACAGGAACAAUCGCUAGGUUGUAUGGCAUUCGGCGCUUCCCGGCGCUAUCUUUCGUAUCAAUUCAAAGGGUGCUUGUUGGGACGUCUCACCGGUGGCAGGUAUCAUUAUCCCUUACCUUAUCUGCCUUCGCUCUCAUCGGCUUUAUCAUACUUGUCUUCAACCCUAGAUGAACCAUCAAAUCUAUUUGAUGAUGUUAGUGUUUUGGGUAAUGGGAUUCGGUAUCAACGCAGUAUCGACGAGCGCUUCGUUAUGAGAGAGCUUUCUGAUCUUUUACUAGUCAAUCCUUAUGGUUCGGUUUCUGACACCGUCAAAGAGAAUCAUACUGAGAAACAGAUGUCAAUUAGGACGGUUGAUGGAUUUUUACGACCAGAAGAAAAAUUGCGAGGUGUUUUCCUUCAAAAACUGAAUGGUAAAACAGCAAUUGAACAUGCUUUAGCUAAUACUGAUGUGAAUUUGAGCCAAGAUGUUGUGAACAAAGUACUGAACACGGGUAGUUUAGGUAGCGAAGCUAUGAUUACCUUCUUUGAUUGGGCUAUUAAGCAGCCGUCGAUACCUACAGAUACUUCUAGUUACAACAUAAUUCUUAAAGCUUUAGGUAGAAGAAGGUUUUUUGACUCAAUGAUGGAUGUUUUGCACAACAUGACACGGAAGGGAGUGAUUGUGAAUAUGGAAACAGUAUCCAUUGUGGUAGACAGUUUGGUCAAGGCUCGCCAAGUUUCUAAGGCACUUCAAUUAUUCAAAAACUUGAAAGAAUAUGGGUUGAAAUGUGACACUGAAACCUUGAAUAUUCUUCUACAAUGCAUGUGUCGACGAUCUCACGUGGGCGCUGCAAGCUCCUUCUUUAAUUUAAUAAAGGGAAGUGUUCCUUUCAAUGCUAUGUCAUAUAACAUUUUAAUUAGUGGAUGGUCAAGAUAUGGUAGGCUUAGUGAAGUUGAGAGAAUUUUGAAAGCAAUGGAAGCUGAUGGAUUUUCUCCAGAUUGUCUGACCUACACUUAUCUUCUUGAGUGUCUUGGCAGAGCUAAUCGCAUUGAUGAUGCUGUCAAGAUCUUUGAUGAAAUGGUUGCAAAAGGCUGUACGCCAGAUGUUGGUUCUUAUAAUGCAAUGAUCUCCAACUUUAUAUGCAUAGGUGAUUUUGAUGAAUGCCUGACCUAUUACAAACGUAUGUUGAGCAAUAAAUGUGAACCCGACAUCAACACCUAUUCCAAUUUGAUUAUUGCCUUUCUUAAAGCCAAGAAAGUGGCUGAUGCACUAGAAAUGUUUGAUGAGAUGGUGGUAAGAAUUAUUCCCACUACGGGGGCAAUAACAUCCUUUAUGAAACUUAGCUGUAGUUAUGGUCCUCCGCACGCAGCUAUGUUAAUCUACAAAAAAGCAAAAAAAGUUGGAUGUAGGAUAUCCAAGAAUGCUUACAAAUUGUUGCUUAUGCGGCUUUCUUUGUUUGGUAAAUUUGGUAUGCUAUUAAAUAUAUGGAAUGAGAUGCAAGAAAGUGGUUAUGAUCUUGACGUGGAAACUUAUGAACAUGCCAUUGACUGCCUUUGUAAAACAGGGCAGCUUGAAAAUGCUGUACUUGUCAUGGGGGAAUGUUUACGUCAGGGUUUCUUACCAAGUAGGAAAAUACGUAGUAAGCUUAAUAACAAACUGUUGGCCUCUAACAGAACAGAGAUGGCAUAUAGGCUCUGGUUGAAAAUCAAAGUUGCUCGUCAUCAGGACAAUUUGCAAAGAUGUUGGCGUGCCAAGGGAUGGCAUUAUUGAAAUCUUUUAGGUCAUGUCAAUUACGAACAAGUUCUUUCUGCUCUUGUUUGGUCAUCUGACUGAAGGGUCCGUCGUUUGAUACAUACCUAUGGGCUUUGGCUAUUCAUCUGGUGUCCAACGCCCUCAUCUCAGGUAACAUGUCAGAUCACUUUGGCCAUUCAUUUAGUCAUGUGGUGCCCACGCCUCGAGUUCUACCUCAAGUUCUGCACCACAACGCAAAGGAUUGAUGUGCCAUAGUUCCCACCUUAAGAAUCUCUUAUUAGGAUUUAACCGAGCUUCGGAUGAGUAUGGAUACAAGCUAGUGUUGAUGAUAUGCUUCUCAAUCCUAGCAAAUGGCGGUCACCAAAUCAAUGGUUUCUUUCCCUCUCCAAGAGAUGUGGGAUCUUACAAUCCACUUUUUUGGAGGCCUAGAGUCCUUACUGGCACA